CCUGGACGCAUCAUCACACCACCGCACAAUUUAACUGCGAUAUUGGAAGAGUUCCGCAGAACAAGAAGAAAAUUUUAUUGAAUGCUCUAAAAGAAAGAAAGCAAAUAAUUCACCUUUUUCUCCCCUUACAGUCCGAUUCCAGGCAAUCAUUCCUGUUCAGAAAAUGAAAGAAAAAAAAUGAGUCUGCUUUCUUCCCAUCUGCAAGCAUUUCAAUCUUGUCUGAAUGGCGCAUGUACUAUUGUCUGUGUUGUGCUUGUAGAUUGUGUUUUUUGAACGAAUGAUAAAGAUUGGGAAAUUUUCUCCAAACCUUACCUUGCUCGUUAGGUUGUGCCCUUCUCUUACCCUAGUUCCCGACACUGGGAGCGUUGCGCUCUUAGUGCUGUCAAUAUGAGUCAUAAAAGCAGUUCUGUUGUAUCUGGUUCCAAGGCCGGUGGCGGGGCUGUUGAGUUUGGGAGAACUCAUGUGGUCAGGCCAAAGGGAAAGCAUCAAGCCACAAUUGUUUGGCUUCAUGGUCUAGGGGAUAAUGGUGCGAGCUGGUCCCAGAUCUUGGAAACCCUUCCUUUACCAAAUAUAAAAUGGAUAUGUCCAACUGCCCCUGUUAGACCUGUAUCAAUUUUUGGUGGAUUUCCUUCAACUGCAUGGUUUGAUGUGGGGGAUUUGUCAGAGGAUGGCCCAGAUGAUGUUGAGGGCAUUGAUUCUUCAGCUGCUCAUGUAGCAAAACUUCUGUCAACUGAACCCACAAAUAUUAAACUUGGUGUUGGUGGCUUUAGCAUGGGUGCUGCAACUGCUUUGUACUCCGCAACUUGCAGUGCUCAUGGAAGAUAUGGUAAUGGAAAUCCAUAUGCGGUGAUUCUAAGUGCAGUGGUUGGAUUAAGUGGUUGGCUUCCAUGUUCCAAAAGCUUGAAGAACAAGUUAGAAGGAUUAGAAGAAGCUGUGAGACGUGCUGCCUCAUUGCCUAUAUUUCUUUGCCAUGGAAAAGGGGAUGAUGUAGUGCUUUACAAGCAUGGAGAGAGAUCCGCUGAAGCUCUCAGGUCAAAUGGAUUUCAGAAUCUAACUUUCAAAAGCUACGACAGGCUUGCCCACUACACUAUCCCUGAGGAGAUGAACGAUGUUUGCGAUUGGCUUAAAGCAAGUUUGGAGCUUGAGGGCGUGUAAUUCGCAAAUCAAUAUUGUGGUGAUUUACCAAUAAUCUUUGGCUAUGAUGUUGUGGCAACAGACUAGCUGGAGCUAUAUUUAUGAUCAUUUCAUUUGCGUUCGAAUAUGAGCAGUCAUUUAUCGAGGGAACUGUCUUACCUAUCUGGAAAAGUUGGUGGUUUUGUUGUGUUGAAGCACUUGUGGUCAGUAUUAUACAGCUUUAAUUAUGAUGCUAUUUGAACUGUUUUGUGAAGGUUUUUAAUUUUUUUAUUUGUUUGAUAUGUUUCUAAAAUAAAAUUGUUUGAUAUGAUGCCAUGAAA